CCUCUGCAAACCCAAAACAAGGUGAAGUACAUAAAGCAGACGACAGCCAUCCUGAAGCAGCAGUACGGGGGCGACAUCCCCGGCACCGUGGAGGAGCUGGUGAAGCUGCCGGGAGUUGGCCCCAAGAUGGCCCACUUGGCUAUGCACAUUGCGUGGAACAGGGUCUGCGGGAUAAGUGUGGACACCCACGUGCACAGAAUCACAAACAGGCUGAAGUGGGUGAAGAAGGAGACGAGAUCCCCGGAGGAGACUCGGCUGGCCCUGGAGGACUGGCUGCCCAGGGACCUCUGGAAGGAGAUAAACUGGCUCCUGGUGGGCUUUGGCCAGCAGACCUGCCUGCCCGUGAACCCUCGCUGCGGAGAGUGCCUCAACCGAGACAGCUGCCCCGCUGCCAGGAGCCGCUGA